AUUUGACUCCCGACCAUCUUUCCUCUUCGUUUGUUCCUCUCACUGCAACUCGGCCUCAGAGAUGGCGGGAAACGGAAACGGCUCGUUGAGCUCGCCGAUUGUCAUCUCAGACGACGAGGACGCUGCACUCGUCGAACGAGAGCUGGGAGGCUUCGAAGCGAGGUUGACCGACCCUGAACCGGGCUUCGAGCCCCAGAUGGACGAUGUGACCAUGUAUGAUUGGGGACAGCAAGAGUUAUAUCCGUCGUCGGACAGUCUGCCGAUGAAUGGCUUCAGCGAUGUUAUGCAAGCGCCAGCGCCUGUCGCCGGCCAGAAGCGCAAGCGAAAACAAAACAUGCAAGCUGGGCCCUCCAAUGCCGUGCAGGGUGUGCAAGAGAGCAAGAACCAACGGAAGAAGCGACGACGGGCCGAGCGACUUGCGGCUCAGGAUUCAGAACGGGUAUCACAGGAGGACAUGCAGGUCUCCUCUUCUGCGGCCCCUUACACGCGCCCCAAGUUUGCUCCCCUCCCUGAUCGCCCGGUCGCCACCUACCACGAUCCACAGCAUAAAGGGAUUUUGCCACCCGUCUCAUGGACCGCCUCUUUCUCCGCACACACGGCCGCAAUGCCCCAAUCCUUUAUGCCCGCGCUACCUUUGAAGCCGUCUCCCUCCACGUCAUCCUUCGUGCCCGCCCCAGAAAGUAUCCCUCCAUUUACCUUCCCCGCGGCUAUCCCGCAGAUACCAGAGCGUCACCAACCCCCUCACAUACCAUCGCCCGCAUCUGCUCCUCAUAUCCCUCUCCCAAAGCCGCCCCCUCUCCUUGUAACAGACGCCGCUCCUGUAGGCCAAGGUCCUGCGCCGCAGAAGAAGCUGCUUGGGACAGCGCGCGAGAACGACAAGACUGGGCUCGGUUUGUUCUCCUCUGAGCUCCUCAGCCAGCCCCCGCCAGAUCCGACGCGCACGCUCGUCCUCGCACCCAUCCCCAGGAAGUUCCGCAACCCCGAGUUCGUCAGGCACUGGGCGAACCGAUUUUCGCGUCCGAUGCCGAUCCGCGUCGAAGUUGACAAGACGAGCGGGAAGGCGCUCGUAGAGUUCCAGAACGUUGCGUUGGCCGAUAUGGCGUUCGGCAGCCAACGGAUGGCGGGCGAGGGCAAGGAGCACAUCCGCGCGUGGUGGUAUCGUGAGCCCGCGAAGAACCCAUCGGACCUGGAAGAGGGCGAGAUCGAGGAGGGCAUCGUGGAGGCGCCGGUUGUUCCCCAGGCACAGCCGACGAGCAAAAAGAAGCUCAACAAGAAAGAGAAGAAGGCAAGAAAGGCCCAGGCAGCCUCGCAGAUGGUAGUGAACACGGAAGGCCAGCGACAGGCGCCUCAUCAACCACUGUCAUAUCUUCCUAGGUAUCCUUCGCACCAAUCCACUGCCGAUCGUCUUUCUGUGGCUCCGAUGCCAGUGCCGCUCCCGAUACCUCCGCUUACUCGUGCCGGACAGUCGACAAAUGCCGCCUCGAAGGCUCCCCUCGUGCCUGCAUUGCAACCUCCUCAGCCUGACGUUCUGCCUCCAUCGAAACCCAAGCCUUUUGCUUACCGUGGCUGGGCGGGUUUCAUGGACCGAUCAGAAACGUACCGGGUCUUGACCGACGACGAGGACUCUGAGGACGAAGGCCCCAGCCCCGAGGCGGAGCGCAGUUUGCACUAUUAUGCGGGAUCCCGUCAAAAGGAGCAGCAAGAGGAAGAGCAGGCGAUGGACCUCGAGUCAGACGACGAGGCUCCCAUCCCGCCGGAAGAGCCCAGCCCGGAUUCUCGGUAUGCGGUUUGGGGAGAAUCGGCGAUGGCUGUGGAUGUUUCUGCGGCGGACAGUGCGUCCAUCGCGUCUUCGAGGGCGGGAUCCAUUGAGCUCGAGCACGAGAAAAUGCGCGUUGACGACACGGGUCCUUCGGUUCCUGCGGCAGCACAAGUUGAAGCGACAACUCCAUCAGCUCCGAAACUACCUUCCUCACCAGGCCUCCCUAAGCCGUAUGUCCCGAUUCCCCAGCUGCAGACCGCAACGAGCCCCGUCAAGCCUCUCUCGCCGUCUGCCUUCACCAUGGUGGAGCCUCCAGGUGCAGUGUUGGCAGUCAGCUCGACGACCACUACCCUAGCGUCACCCAAGACGUCGGAAUCGGCGCGCUCAAUCGCCGUCGCUCCCUCGGCGAUCCUCACGAACGAGGUUCCGGCCCCAAACCCUGUGUCAGCCAUCGUACCUACCGUCACACGUCCGGACGUUUCUAUGCCUCAGCCAGCUGUCAGCCAAGAACCAUCUUCGGAGCAGCUCAAGGGUUUUGUCGACAUCUCUUCAUCCGUUGAGUCGGCUCUCCCAAGUAUGACAGCCUCGACUACAGUAGAACCUUCGCCCAUUGUAGUGCACGCCAAACGCUCGCUGCUCGAGAAGCAGAGGGAACUCGAGGAACGGAUCGCUCGCGCCAAAGAGGAGCUGGCGCGCAGGAGCGCGAUAUCCAGAGCUAGUACCAGCAGGCACACGUCGCCCGAGGAAGAGCAAAGCAAGCCGGCACCUGCGAGCAACCGCGUUGCCGAGGGAGCACCCCCUAACUCGACGGAGAUGCUCUCUGCCCAAGAGCUGCGUCGCUCAGCAUUGCAAAGCAGGCGGAAGGUUGGGCAUGCGGCUGUUGCUUCGACUGGGGCUCCUCAGCAGAAGGAAUCAGCUGUAGCCUCCAGCGACACGUCCGCAACGUCCACGGUUGUGGGUGAUGACGCUUCGGGCACGACUUCAGCUCCGAAAGCGGGCGCUAUUAACUUCGACGAACUUGCGGUCUCAUUCAUAACCGAAACGCUGCAGACGGUCAAGCCGUCGCCCCCUUCGGACACGCCGCAGCCUCCAGAUGCAGGCAACCUCGCACGUGCGGGAGCGCUUGAACCCGUAUCCCAUUCUGUACCCUCGACCGCCCCAGCGACGCAGAAACCAACUUCGGCUGCUCCUCACCCGCUUGCGUCAACGCAGUCACAUGCGCCGGUCAAGUCCAACCAAACGACCGCAAAGACUCUUCUGGCUGCAAAGCACAAGCGGCUCGAGCAGCACAUUGCCGAGACGAAGGUGCUGAUGGCGAAGCUCGGCACAACGCGGUCGAAGGCAGAGAAGGAAAACAUUCUUCGCAUGCUGCGCGAGCAGCAACGGUAAGCCGUUCAUAUCUACCCGCCCUUUUGCGGGACACCUCUGAGCCUUUUGCAGC